GGAGGAAAAUAGUUAUCGUGCGAAAUUGAAGAUUUCAAUCGACAGAGGUUUAUCCACUGACGGGAGCUCGCGCUCAUUUUGCUACACCGAAAAUGGCGGCGACAAACUACCUCUGCCACUACGCGCCUCUACUCAGUCCCUCACCGACGCUCUCCAACUCUAAAAUCCUCUGCAAGAAAAAGAAAAACACUACAGCUUUUGAGGAGAAGAAAUCGGUGUUUGUGGACUACGACGCAGGCCAGCACAAAGUCACUACUCAUGUAACUGGACUCAGGAAAGCCGACCUGCAAAAACGCUACCGUUUAAAAGUCGAAGGCGACAGGUUCCAGAAGGACUGGAGUCUGUCUCAGGUCGUCGACAAAAUUCUUGAGCUCGACCCGAAAUACGACGAGGUUGAGGGUCUCCUGAACCACUGGGUUGGCCGUUUCGCCAGAAAGAAUUUCCCUCGGCUUAUCAAAGAGUUAACGCAAAGGGGAUCAUUGGAGCAUAGCAAUCGAGUAUUCAGCUGGAUGAAACAUCAAAAGAAUUAUUGUGCUCGUAAUGAUAUAUACAAUAUGAUGAUCAGGCUGCAUGCCAGACAUAAUCGCACUGAUCAGGCGCGCGGUUUGUUCUUUGAGAUGCAAGAAUGGAGGUGCAAGCCAGAUGCUGAAACUUACAAUGCUCUAAUCAAUGCACAUGGAAGAGCGGGUCAGUGGCGUUGGGCUAUGAAUAUAAUGGAAGACAUGCUGCGUGAAGCUAUUCCCCCUAGUCGGUCAACAUAUAAUAACUUGAUCAAUGCUUGUGGAUCUACUGGAAAUUGGAGAGAGGCUCUCAAAAUCUGCCAGAAAAUGACAGAAAAUGGAGUUGGUCCUGAUCUGGUUACUCACAAUAUUAUUUUAUCUGCAUAUAAGAGUGGUGGUCAGCAUUUGAAAGCUUUGUCAUAUUAUGAAUUAAUGAAAGGAACAAAUAUUCGUCCUGAUACGACUACCCUUAACAUUGUGAUUUAUUGCCUGGUAAAGCUUGGUCAGUAUGAGAAAGCUAUUGACAUUUUCAGUUCCAUGAGGGAGCGGAGAGCAGAGUGCCACCCAGAUAUUGUAACAUUCACGAGCAUCAUUCAUUUGUACUCUGUCAGUGGGCAGAUUGAAAAUUGUAAGGCUGUCUUCAAUAUUAUGCUGGCGGAGGGUCUGAAGCCCAACAUUGUUUCAUAUAAUGCACUGAUAGGAGCAUAUGCUUCCCAUGGAAUGAGUGAAGAGGCAUUUUCCAUUUUUAAUGAAAUUAAAUCAAGUGGUUUUCGCCCUGACGUAGUGUCUUACACUUCCCUGCUCAGUUCUUAUGGUAGAUCAAAACAACCUAUAAAAGCAAGGAAAGUAUUCAACAUGAUGAAGAGAGACAAGUUGAAGCCAAAUGUUGUUAGCUACAAUGCACUGAUCGAUGCUUAUGGGUCUAAUGGUUUCUUAGCUGAAGCUGUGGAAGUUUUGCGGGAAAUGGAGCAGGAUAGUGUUCACCCAAACACUGUCUCCAUAUGCACUCUUCUGGCUGCCUGUGGCCGCUGUGGUCAAAAAGCGAAUGUUGAUGCAGUGCUUUCAGCUGCCAAAAUGCGUGGCAUUAAAUUCAACACAGUUGCGUAUAACUCAGCUAUUGGAAGCUAUAUGAAUUUGGGGGAAUAUGAAAAGGCUGUGGCUUUGUACAAAUCCAUGAGGAAGAAGAAAGUAACAACUGAUUCUGUUACUUACACUGUCUUGAUUAGUGGUUGCUGCAAGAUGUCAAAGUAUGAUGAGGCACUUGAGUUUUAUGCUGAUAUGAUGGAUAUGAAAAUUCCUUUGACCAGAGAGGCUUACUCAUCUGUUAUAUGUGCCUACAGUAAGCAGGGUCAAAUCAAGGAAGCAGAAUCUAUUUUCAAUAUGAUGAAGACUGCUGGUUGCUAUCCUGAUGUAAUCACAUAUACCAUGAUGCUACAUGCUUACAAUGCUGCAGAAUAUUGGGAAAAAGCUUAUAAUCUACUUCAAGAAAUGGAAGAACAUAAUAUCCAGCCAGAUACAAUUGCGUGUUCAGCUCUAAUGAGAGCAUUCAAUAAAGGAGGCAAGCCAAAACAGGUUCUUAUUCUAGCGGACUUUAUGAAAGAGAAAGAAAUCCCAUUCAGUGAUGCCAUUUUCUUUGAAAUGGUUUCUGCCUGUAGCCUAUUAUGCGAUUGGAGAAGAACAAUUGACUUGGCAAAAUUGAUGGAACCUUCAUUCUCUGUAGUUUCUAUUGGACUUCUGAAUCAGCUUCUUCAUCUUCUUGGAAAAAGUGGGAAGAUUGAGUCUAUGAUGAAGUUGUUUUACAAGAUUACAAAAUCAGGUGCUGAAAUAAACUUAAAUACUCAUUCAAUCUUGUUGAAGAAUCUUUUGGCUGUUGGAAAUUGGAGAAAAUAUGUUGAGGCUUGAGAUAUCGAAGAACCUGGAUCACCCUCCAACAUAUAUAAGCCAUCAUGCAGCCUACCAUUGUCAAUCCUCUUUCCUGUGCGAAGAUCCUUAAUAACACAAUGAUCAUGAAAGAAUUCAAUUUUACAGUUAAGGGCAUUGAUGAUAGCACUGAAGGAUAAAAGGUUGACAGGAAAGUGGGGAACAUAAAGGACAGAUGAUAAUUUAAUAUUGGAUGUGCAAAUAACAGAACCUGUUCCGGAUAUGGCAGUAAAAGAGCCAUCAACAAUUCUGACACUAUCUUUGGUUAGAAAAGGAAAAUAAUUGAGAAAGCGUUUAGAAGAGUCUGUCAUGUGUAUUCGCACCAGAAUCGAUAAUCCAUGGAAUAUUAUUAAGAGAUGAAGCAUUACCUGAUUUUACAAAGUUAGAUGUGGCACCGGAGGAUGAGUAAUCAGAGAUGGAAAUCGAGACCCUUUUACAUUCUGCCAUCGAGACCCUUUUACCUUCUGUCACGGUAAAUAUUUAUGAAUUGUGAAAUUAUAGGAAGUACCCAAAGUUGUACACACAAGAGAGUCUAAUCGAUUCACUAAAAGAUCGGGUAGCAGCACGAGAAGGGUCGCCGGAGUGAUCGGAGUGGCGAAGCAGCGUUAGGCGAUUGGUCACGCGUCGGGAAGCGAUGGGACACGCGCUGGAAAGGUGAUGCCUUACACACAGGCUUUUUCGGCGUUGGAGUUGGGAGAUCGGCCGACGACAGUCCGAUGAUUCUCCCGGUGCCGGCGAUGAGAGGAGGAAAAGUUUCUAGAUGGGUUAGUACCAAAAAAGGUGUUGGAAUGGAUGAUAGAUGCUGGGAUUGAACCUUCAAAUCAGAUGUAUCAUGAUGUAUUCUCCUAUGCACAAAAAAGUGUUGGGGCUGAAUAUGCUGCUAUCAUACAAGAAAGAGUUG